UUCCAGGGAGCCUCGCGGCAUAGUGAGGCUGCGUCACCUGAUCAAGACUCUGGAGUUACAAUGGCGGCGCCCGUGCUGCGCUGGGGCAGCGGUGCAAGACGUUGGGUUUUCGCCCGGGUCGACGGCGGUUCUUGCCACCGAAGAGGGGCUCCGACUGGUUCCACAUCCAACCGGAUUAGGGGACAGAGCUCAGUGGCUCAACAGCCCCUCCACACGGCCCAGAAGCCGAGGAAAGGUGAACACAAAUGGGCUGCUGUAGUAGGUUUGGAAAUUCAUGCCCAGAUUUCCUCCAACUCUAAACUCUUCUCUGGAUCUCAAGUUCGCUUUUCAGCACCUCCAAAUUCUUUGGUUUCUUUUUUUGAUGCAUCUCUACCUGGAACUUUGCCGGUUCUCAACAGGAGGUGUGUAGAAGCGGCGGUGAUGACAGGCCUGGCUCUGAACUGCCACAUAAACAAGAAGUCCUUGUUUGACAGGAAGCACUACUUCUAUGCAGACCUCCCUGCAGGCUACCAAAUUACCCAGCAGAGGCUCCCAAUUGCUGUGAAUGGGAGCUUGAUAUAUGGCAUCUGUGCAGGGAAGAAGCAGAGUCAGGUGAUCCCCAAGACGGUGAGGAUCAAGCAGAUCCAGUUGGAGCAAGACAGUGGCAAAAGCCUCCACGACGACCUGAGGUCUCAGACGCUCAUUGAUUUGAACAGGGCAGGAGUGGGCCUUCUGGAGGUGGUCCUGGAGCCCGACAUGUCCUGUGGAGAAGAGGCAGCAACAGCUGUCAGGGAGCUGCAGCUGAUCCUUCAAGCCCUGGGGACCAGCCAGGCGAACAUGGCAGAAUUUUCCUUGGAUUCUUUGAUGAGCCCCCAACCAAAUAUAAAUAUACGACCAACAACAUUGCAGAGACACCAAACCCUUAAUGAAAUAAUGGCUUUGAACAGUUCAGUCUUUCUCAGGAAGAAGACACUGUGUUUAUCAAGAACAGUUCUUAAGGGCCAGUUGAGAGUGGAUGCCAAUAUAUCCGUGCAUCACCCGGGGGAGCCUUUGGGCGUUCGAACAGAAGUGAAGAAUCUCAACAGCAUCAGGUUCCUGGCCAAAGCCAUAGACUAUGAAAUUCAGAGGCAAAUCAGUGAACUUGAGAAUGGAGGUGAAAUUCUGAACGAAACACGCUCAUUUCAUCACAAGCUGGGGUGCACCAUGUCAAUGAGAGACAAAGAAGGAAAACAGGACUACAGGUUCAUGCCAGAACCCAACCUGCCUCCCCUGGUGCUCUACGACGCCACAUCUCUGCCCGCUGAUGCAGACCCACAGCAAGUGAUCAAUAUUGACCAGAUUCGGGAGACACUCCCGGAGCUCCCCAGUGUGACCCGAGAGAAGCUCGUCCAACAGUAUGGGAUGCUGCUGGAACACAGCUUCACUUUGCUGAACGAAGUCGGCCUACUGGAGUUCUUCCAAAAUGUGAUAAAAGAAACUAGGGCAGAGCCAAAAAGGGUGACUAGUUGGGUCCUCAACACUUUUCUGGGCUAUUUAAAGCAACAGAACCUCGCUGUCAGUGAGAGUCCUGUCACACCCUCUGCACUCGCUGAGCUUCUUGACCUGCUGGACAGCAGAACGAUUUCUUCAUCAGCAGCUAAACAGGUGUUUGAGGAACUGUGGAAGAGGGAAGGCAAGACUCCAAGGCAGAUUGUUUCAGAAAAGCAGCUUGAACUGAUGCAGGACCAGGGGGUACUGGAGCAGCUCUGCCACUCAGUGAUGGAGGCCCAUCCUCAAGUGGUGACUAUCUCGGGCAGGGGAGAGGGCCAGAGCCAGCCCCAGGACAUGCCCAAGAGCCUCGCCAUCGCUCCCUGUGGCAGCACAGAGGCUCUUCCUAAGAAUGGCUGGCCCAGUUUCAUCAACAAUUCCCUCAUUGUCAUCUUUUUAGUUAAGGUAAUGGAUGUGAAGAAGGGAAACCCCAGAGCUGUGAAUAAACUGAUUGGGUUGGUCCGGAAAGCGACACAAAGCCGAGCAGAUCCAGUCAUGAUAAAGGAGCUUCUGGAGAAGAAGCUGUCAUUGUGAGAUGUUUGGGGUCCCCUUGCCCAAGGGAGAACAGUGCAGCCUGACUGGGAACAGGAUCCCGUGAAAGCUGAUGCCCAUGUGCCCUGAGAGCUGCCUCUCAGUCCCUGUCCCAAGCCACAGCUAUGGCGUUAAUGUCAUCAGUGUUCUCACCCUCUGGGCCCUGUGCCUGGAGGUGCCUCCACAGCAGACCAGCAGCCACCCCACCUGCUUCGUCCACAUCAGGAGGGUCCAGUCAUGGCUGCAGCAGUGGUUAAGGAGUAACACCUUCUUGUAUUAAGGAAUUUUAAACUAAAUAAAAUGUGUGUUAGAGAUACUGUUA